GGCCCUUUCGAGGCACCAUACUAUGGUUUUACGGUACAAGAUGGCGCUCCCCUGUAGGAGUAACGUGAAGUCUCUCUUUCAGUUCAUUCUUAAGACUAAUCUACCGAAACGAUUUCUCUGCGCUGGAGGAAAUGUAAACGUUAAGGAUCCCCCCGGGGGUCGGGUGUUCUCCGGUAUCCAGCCCACAGGCGUGCCUCACCUGGGGAACUACCUGGGCGCUCUGGAGAGCUGGGUGUCCCUGCAGGACGUGUACGGGUCGGUUCUGUACAGCAUCGUGGACCUGCACGCCAUCACGCAGCCCCAGGACCCGACGCUGCUCCGCCAGAACGUUCUGGACAUGGCCGCCAGCCUGCUCGCCUGCGGCAUCGACCCCGAGCGCUCCAUCCUCUUUCAGCAGUCUCAGGUGGCAGAGCAUGCAGAGCUCUCCUGGAUUCUGGGCUGUCUGACCAGCAUGCCCCGCUUGAGGCACCUGCCCCAGUGGAAGAUGAAAAGCAAACAGAAGAACGAGGGAAGUGUUGGACUGUACACAUACCCAGUUCUCCAGGCGGCAGACAUUCUCCUCUACAAGUCCUCACAUGUUCCGGUCGGUGAGGAUCAGGUCCAGCAUCUGGAGCUGGCUCAGGACCUGGCCCGGGUCUUCAACCACCAUUACGGAGAGUUCUUCCCCGAGCCCCGUGCGCUACUCAGUUCCACGCGAAAAGUUAAAUCUCUCCGUGACCCGUCCUCCAAGAUGUCUAAGUCGGACCCCCAGAAGCACGCCACCAUCAGCCUCACCGACUCGCCCGACGACAUCGUCCUGAAGAUCCGACGCGCCGUCACCGACUUCACCUCCGAGGUGACCUACGACCCUGACACUCGGCCCGGCGUGUCCAACCUGGUGGCGGUCCAUUCCGCUGUUUCGGGCCUGACCGUGGAGGAGGUGGUCCGACAGGCCCGAGGGAUAGAUACGGCCCGUUACAAGCAGCUGGUGGCCGAGGCUGUGGUCCAGAGGCUUGAACCCAUCCGGCUGGAGAUUCAGAGACUGAAGGACAACAGGGACCACCUGGAGAAGGUUCUUGCCCACGGAGCCCAGAAAGCCCGUGAGCUGGCCUCCCCGGUACUGAAGGAGGUCCGGCAGCGCGUGGGGUUCGACUGAGUGUGGGCUUCGUGUGUGUGUGUGUUUACACCACGGCUGCCCUGUCCUCCGAGGAAGAUGGAUCUGCUUAUCUGCAGGGUCUCGUCGCAGCCUUAAUCAGAUGUUCCAAAAGAGCUGGAUUAGAUUAAUAGAUGUAUUUACCUUCAUCAUCAUUGUCAUCAUCAUCAUCAUCAUCACAAACAUUUUAUUAUUACUUGACCCUGAAAUGGAAUCGCAUGUCAUAGAAAAGGAAAGCAGGGAGAAUCAAGCCAUAAUUCUUUAUUUCUGUUGCUUUUGAGGAAAGUUUCCUUGUGAUCCUGUGAUGGAGAAACUUGCUAAAUGUCCGUAAUGUAGUAAGAUCAGUUUGUUGUGGUUGUUGUGGUUGUUGUGGUCCCAUUUCAAGGUCAUGUUACGAUGAAAGUAAAGACCGCUAUUGGUUGUAAUAUGCGAAACCGUGUCAGCUAAACUCUGCAGAUGAACAGACGAGGAGAAGGAGGACAGGAAAGCCCGUGUGUAGAGAGAGAUGGCCAGUCUUCCCGGUGGCCUGUGGAAAAAAGAACUCUUCUGUAUUCCUACUGGCCCUGCGAUCUUGAGGAGACUGAUUGUUUGCCCAGAGUGUAUUCUGGGACAUUUUUUUAUGGACGCUGCGGAAAACUAAAGCAAGACUGGUGAUACUGUCUCUACUGUACAGGUGAGCUGAGAGAGACAAGCUCUUCCUUGCGCUGUUGAACACACACACUUGUCAUGCUUUUUUGAGUCCUUAUUUCUUUUGUCAUGUUUUCUAUUUAUUUGGACAGAAUAAAUGUAAAAGAAUAUUGUAUUGAAAUGAUUUGUACAGUGUUGACGCUCAUGAAUACCCAUUCACACACACUCACACACACACUGGAUGUAAAAUCCCUUUCACACCUGCAGUCCAUCUACCACAACAUACAUAUGUGAGUGGAAAUUGGGCCUUAGACACACGCAGAUGCAAAUGCAUUCAAACACACACACAUACCACACAAACACGCACACAAAAGACCACUGGUACAGCCAUCACCAUUUCCCCUCAUCAUUCAGUGCUGGUCAGCAGCGCGACACAUCGUGAACACUUCCCCUUCACUGUGAUGGUUGGAUGGACCGUCCGACCUGCCUCUGGUUAAGAUAAUAUUUCCAACUUCUGCGGUCCAUCUUGACGUCUUCUCUCCGCCAGCCCGUCUAAUGGAUCAAAUAAACUGUGGGGUCUGGCCUCCGCCGUUAUUUUCCAGAUGGAUAUUUACCUGGGAACCGGGAGGGUGCUGUAGAUGCCCCGCGUACAUGUUUGGCCUCGACCUCAACCCUCUUUACAAUCCAAAAUUAUAUAUCUCGGGGGUCUGUUCUCAUCUAUAACACCUAUUAGAGUAAUUGUAAAAGCUGGCUCAGGACAGCUGAGUUCUGAUAAAGCCAAGCACUGUUUCUCUCCCCCCUCCUUUCGACAUCUCCCUCUCGCGCUCUCUUUCCCGCUUAUGUCAUGUUUAUUUACAGUGGCGCGAGCACCUGUGAAAAGCGCGUGUUAGGUUUCAGACAUCAAUUUGAAGGGUAAGCGUAUCACAUGUACUCUAAGGCCAGGAGGUAGCGUUAGGAAUGGAAGAGAAAUACCUCAUGUCAGUGUUGCAUGUAUGCUUCACGUUCUUCUGCUGUAGGUCUUCUGCCACUCCAACCGUGUAAUACAGUGACCUUUCAAAUGCCUAGAACUCCGCAGAAGUCAUUGAAAUGAUUUUGUUUUACCUUCAUGUUGCAAUACAGUUAGACAGUCACAAUAUUGAAAAUUGAAUAUUUUCAAUCACAAUUUUUUCAGUCGUUCUCAAUGCAGUAUGGAGUUAGUAACGUGUCAUUCACACAAGAUGUCAGCGCGAGUGUCUUAUUUAUGGACAAGAAGAUUUAUUUAAUUUAGGCAAAACAAAAACAGUCUAAUCCGAACAUAGAGACGGUUUGAUUAUGUACCUUCGAAAAUGUUGUGGCUGUGUGGAAAAUUGUGAGUUAACAUUAAAAGGAAAAAAAACAUGCCGUGUUACAUAUCCAUAAAUCAUACCUGUGUGCGUGGUAAAAUUGUAUUUAAUUGGGUUCAGAAGCUCAGAAAAAUCAACAAAACAUUUACUUCGUUAUUUAUACUCAUGACUAACCCGUCGAGUAGUCGAAGGUGAAAUGAUCCUAUAGAAAUGCACCAUAUAUUAUAAGUAUAAUG